AUGAAAGAAGAGACGUCACCUGAUAAAGUAAUAUUAUUUAAAAAAUCUGGCAAUAAAGAAAAAUCUAAAGGUAGAGGUAAAGGAAGAUCGAAAAGCCGUGCGAUACUACCCGAACAAGGUGUAAGCAAUGAUACACAUGAAAAGGUAAUGACUAUGUCCCCAACUGCACUUUACAAAAACAAAUUGCAAAUAUCAGACGUAAAAUAUAAGGAUUUAAAACGUCUAUGUGAUAAUGGAAUUAUACCAAAAAGCGCCAUAUAUUUUAAAGAAGACUAUCCACUCAACGUUCUGGAGAAAAGGAAACAAUUACAAACUGAAAUAUUAAAAUAUAAAGCAGAAGAAUCUUUGUUUCCUCGUUUCGUCGAGCCGGUACCUAACGUCACGGUGACAGUCGGAAGGGACGCCCUUCUCGCGUGCGUCGUCGAGGAUCUAAGAGGAUAUAAGGUAGCAUGGGUACGAGUGGAUACUCAAACAAUCCUGAGCAUCCACCACAACAUAAUAACUCAGAACCCACGCAUCAGCCUAUCUUACAAUGACCACCGCUCGUGGUACCUGCACAUAAAGAACGUGCAGGAGGUGGACCGCGGCUGGUACAUGUGUCAGGUCAACACUGACCCGAUGCGCUCGAGAAAAGGAUAUCUGCAAGUAGUAGUACCCCCUAUGAUCAUCGACAAUAUGACUUCAACGGAUAUGGUCGUUCGUGAAGGAACAAAUGUCACCAUGGUGUGUCGAGCCAUGGGUUAUCCUGAACCUUAUGUCAUGUGGAGACGAGAAGAUGGCCAGGAGUUUAAUUGCAAUGGUGAAUCAGUGAAUGUUGUUGACGGAGAAAAUCUCACUAUAUUUAAAGUGUCGCGUCUACACAUGGGUGCAUAUUUGUGCAUUGCCUCGAACGGUGUGCCGCCUUCGAUCAGCAAACGAGUUGUAUUAAUGGUACAGUUCCCGCCGAUGUUAUCGAUCCCGAAUCAGUUGGAGGCUGCAUAUGUAGGGCAGGACGUAACGCUGGAGUGCCACACAGAAGCUUAUCCAUCCUCCAUUAACUACUGGACCACUGACCGGGGAGAUAUGAUCAUUUCCGGACAUAAAUAUACAACAAUAUUAAAAGAUGAUAGUUACAGUCGAAAAAUGAAACUUACUAUACGUAAAGUAUCGUCUACAGAUUUUUCGUCUUACCGAUGCGUAGCUAAGAACUCCCUCGGCGAGACGGACGGCCUUAUUCGACUUGAUGAAAUUCCAGCCCCAUCAACAACGAGCACUACGAUUAAUUACGUUCCAACAUUUCCUCAAAGAAAAAAAGGUAAACACAAGAAUCGCUGGCGGGAUAGUUCAGCAGAAAAUAGAGUAAUUGGAGACUACGAAGUUGAGGAAUGGAAAGAUAUCGAUUAUGAAUCGACUCAGUCUUCUAGCUCGUCUAGCCUACAUGGCUUCAUUUACAGCACUUUUGCCGUAGCACUCCUUAGCUGA